AUGUGCACACUCCAUAAUUUCCAAAGCAUGUGCAAAGUAUCGGGCAUGGGCAAGGUGUUGAGCUCAAGCAUCCAACAUCGGGGUGGCAAUAAUUGGCGCAAGAAGCUGGACAAGUCGAAGUUGCAGCAUCAUAAGUAAUUUUUAUUUAGAAUCUCCUCUUGAUUGUGCACAAUGAACACCAGACAAGGUAUGCACUCAAUGCAAUCCAAACUUUUUCCUCUAUAA